CCUUCAUUGGACUCCUCUCCAGCAAAAGUAGCUUGGUUAUCACCAGGUUGUAUUCGGUAUUUGAACAAAGCAAGAUUUGAAAGCAUAUUCUCAAUGACUACGGGAGGAGCAAAAGCAAUUAGCUUGAAGGCCUUGGUGGAUAAAGAGAACAACAGAGUUAUAUUUGCGGAAUCAGAUGUUGACUUUACUGAUGUUCUCUUUAGCUUCUUGACAAUGCCCAUGGGAACAAUCAUCAGGCUUAUUUCUAAUCAUAAUCAACCACCAACAGUGGCAGUAGGUUGCAUGAACAAUUUGUAUGAAAGCAUUAAGAACCUUGACAUGCAGUGUUUCCGGACUGAAGCAUGCAAGACCAUGUUGCUAUACCCCAGAAAUGACGCUGCACCUCAGAACAAGAGACUAAAAUUGCUAAUUGACGAUGGUGAGCUGCCGAGGUACUUCUUGUGCACUACGGAUUGUACACUUUCUGGGCACAAGUUAUUGAGUCUCUACCCUAAUGCUGUUUGCGAAUGUGGACGGCUCAUGGAUAGGACGAUGGAGUUGUCAGAGAAGACUGUACAAAAGUUAGUUUUUGAUGCUCGAGAUAGAGGAGUGUUUGUUAAAGGACUGACCCAAUUUAUAAUAAGUGAUGAAUUACAAGUAAAGCCCUCAUCUCGAGAAGCAAGCCUUUCUAUAAUGUCCAAGCUGGGAUUCAUGGACUGUAGCGCCAUUGAGGAGUACAACAUCGACAUAGGAGUAAAUGAGGUUCUCACUUUGCUCAAGUGUUCACUAGUGUCAAAGAAACCUUUGAUCGAAACUUUGUUGAAACAAACUUCAGCACCAAAGUUCGGCAAAGAAGAUUUUGAUCAGAACAUCUAUGUUAAAUCUAAAGUAGAAGAACCAAAAUCAAAUGUGGAUGGGAAGAUUCAUGUAAAGCUUAUGGUCAGCAAAUCCAAGAAAAUGAGUAGCAUUUCAAAAGGAUCCUUAACUCACUUGUACAAUAGUGUUCAGGAACUCGAUGCUGAGAAAUACUUGAAAUCUAAUGAGCGCAAGGAAAUGCUCAUCAGUCCGAAGCUCGCCCCUGAUUUUAGCUAUGGGAAUCAUCCUUUAGGCAUUGAAGAAGGUUUGCACCCAACAUACCGUGCUACGGAAUGUUUUAAUGGUUUUCAUUUUGUAGUAAAACUGACUUCUGAUGGUGAAAUUCCUUCCGGAUUUACUUCGAGUAAAAUUUUAACUGUCAAGGAUCCUAAGUCUCAUUUUAAAGAAGCCACAAGAGGAGGAUUUGUGACUGGACCAACAAUGUUUACCGUAACUGACAAUCUGAUCAUCACACCCAUGUCUCAAGUCUCAAGUCUGUCUCUUCUGAACAAAUUGAAAGUACCUUUCAGUGAUAUUGAGGAGCGUGUUGUGCAUGUGGGCAGUCAGGAGGCUUUGCAUCUAUUGGUGGCUUCUUUUGUAUCGGAAUCUGCUCUGACAAAUGCCUUUCUGAGAGAGCCAAAUCCAAGACAGUCAAGAUAA